AUGUCGUAGUGGGGUCCACAAAACCGCACUUUUUCUAUCUUCUCUCACCUCGGAGCCCUGUCUGAGAAUCCCUAACUCCGCUGUUCCGUUUCCCGUACUUUUCUUUCUGCUGCCCAAUCUUUUUCUUCACGUCAACUCCUCCUUCUUAUUCUUCUUCCACUUUCUCCAUCUUAGAUUUUUUUCUUUCAGAUUCGAUUCAGAUUAUGCUUUUUCUUCUUCUUCUUCUUCUCUCUCCUUGUGCAAAUUGAGAUAAAAUAAAGAGAAAAUUGGGAUAAUAGGAUGAAGAGAGGGAACGAGGAAGAGAAGUCGGCGGGGCCAAUGUUCCCAAGGCUGCAUGUAAAUGAUGCAGAGAAAGGAGGGCCAAGAGCACCGCCAAGGAACAAGAUGGCCCUCUAUGAACAGUUCAGUAUUCCAUCUCAGAGGUUCAAUCCACACCUGCCACGAAAACCAAAUUCUUCUUCUAACAUAGUUCCUCCACCAACUUCCUCAACUGAGGGAAAUGGCCGUGAGAGAAGUUAUAUUUCUCGCCAAUCUGAUGAUGGAGCAAGGUCAAACACUUCAUUGGUGCAACUUGAACGGAGAAAAAAAGUAGAUGAUGGCAUUCAUGUGUACACUUGCUCGAGGAUUGAUCAAUCCAAUGAUAAAAUGCUGGAGAGUUUUAAUGGGAAAAAAUUGACUCCUUUUGGUGCUAGGAAUUUUUGUUAUUCAGUUGCUGUGCAAAAUGGUGGUGACAAGGAUACAACACAAUUUGGCUUCCUUCCUGCUGAUAUGAGAAAAGAUGCGAGGAAGGGGAAUGAGGCAAAUCCACAUGUAAGCUCAAGUAGACAGAAACUAAAAUUGUCUGUCAAACCCAAAUCAAGUGGAGAAAUUAUUGACAGUCUAGUGAUGCAAGCCAAGGUGAUUCCAAAUCAAGAGGAUCAAGAUUAUUCUGUGCCAAAUAUAAACAGGUUACAUCAGGAUGAUGCUUGCCUACAGAAGGAGUGUGUGGCUGGGUCCCAAUCCAAUGACAUCGAGCAUGGUGGUGAUCUCCUUAACUCUACAAGGGAUAUGGAUAAUGGAAAUGCGCUCGUACCAAGAGGCUGUUUUCAUUCUGCAGCGAACCAAACUCACCCACUUGAGGCUACCAAUGAUGCUGAAUAUCACGAUACUCGGACUGGAGGCCCGAUACAGAAGGGGAAUUUUGAUGAAAGUGACAACAUUUCCAAGAUCUCCACUGUAACAAAUUUAUCAAGUCUGAUAGUUUCUCCUGAUGAUGUUGUAGGGAUAUUAGGUCAAAAACAUUUCUGGAAAGCAAGAAGAAAAAUUGCCAAUCAACAGAGUGUGUUUGCAGUCCAAGUGUUUGAAUUGCACAGACUGAUUAAGGUCCAACAGCUAAUUGCUGCAUCACCGGAUGUUUUGCUUGAAGAUGGUGCUUUCAUGGGAAAAUUUCCUUUGAUGGGUUCUCCUCCUAAAAAUAAAAAUAUCUCAUUGGAAGUGGUUGUAGAGCCUCAGCAACAAAAUCCUAAGCAGAAAAACGAUUCUGAAAAGCUAAACCAUAAAACAGAAUGUUCAGCUGAGAAUGCAGUUGCGAAAAAAAAAUCUUUUUCGUCCCCGAAAAAUGGUAGCCACCAUACAAAUCACACCCCAUUUUCAGGAACUCCACACCAGGCAAAUGAAGCUUCUGAUAAUAAAACAAGUCCCUGGUGUUUCAAUCAGGCACCUGGACAUCAAUGGUUAAUUCCUGUCAUGUCUCCUUCUGAAGGGCUUGUCUACAAGCCAUAUCCUGGGCCUGGAUUUAUGGGAACAAUGAAUGGAGGAUGCGGCGGGCCAUUCGGGCAAGCACCUCUCGGUGCUACUUUCAUGAAUCCUGCCUAUCAAUUCCCAGCUUCUCAUCCAGUAGUUGGGGUUUCACCGUUUGUCCCUCCAGCCAGUCAUGCCUACUUCCCUUCCUUUGGCAUGCCAGUAGUGAAUCAAGCAACAUCAGGAUCAACUGUUGAACAGGUGAACCAGUUUGCUGCACAAGGUUCUCAUGGUCAAAAUGGUCAUUCAUAUAUAGAGGGAACCGAUUUUAACACUCAUCAUAACCAAAGCUCAUCUAACCUGCCAGUUCUGAAGAAUGGAGCUACGCUACAUGUUAAAAAAUCUCAGGCGUCUAAGGAGAGAGGGUUACAAGGGAGCACAAUAAGCAGUCCUAGUGAAAUGGCACAGGGAAUCAGAGCAGGGAAAAUAGCUGAAGGAAAUGAUGCACAUUCUCUUUCUCUUCAAGCUGUUGAAACUAGACAGCAAACACAAGUCAUCAAAGUUGUACCACAUAACCGGAAAUCAGCGACGGAAUCAGCAGCUAGAAUUUUUCAAUCCAUUCAAGAAGAGAGAAAACAACAUGAUUUAGUCUAGUGCUGUUUAUGGAGGUGGAGUUAUUUGAGUUGAUUUUGUACAGUGCGUCAAGUCCUGUACUUUGUUGUUGUUUGGUAAUAUGUAUCUUGCUGUUUUAUUCUACUCUUCCUUUAUGUCCUUUUUCUUACAACAUAUUCGAAUGUAGAUAUUGUUAUAACUACAAUGGAAUGUUAAAAUUGAUCAAAUUUAAUAUUAGUGGAUGGUGUCUCCGUGUAGUGUCAUUUUUCAUUUGGCUCAA